AUGGGUGCUGGUUGUACAAAUCCUAAAUAUACUGAUAACUAUGAUCAUCAAACUAAUCCAUUUGGUCAUUAUUCAAAUGUUAAUGAUCCUUAUUUAACACGAAUCGUUUCACCAUCCUCAUCAUUAGCACGUUUUCAAUCAAAAACGGUUGUUCCAAUUUUAAAUAAUAAUAAUAUGAUGUAUAUAGAUAAUAAUUUAGAAAGUUUUAUUUUAAUAUGGUUAGAUGCUGAAUUAGAUGAAACAAAUAAUGAUGAUCUACGUCAAUUAAAACGAAUUGUUAAUUCACUAAAAACAUAUGAUAAUGUUAAAGAUUGUAUUAAUUAUAUUUUAUCAAUUGAUGGUUAUAAUGAAAGAGUUUUACUCAUUAUAUCUGGUUCAUUUGGUAAAAGAUCAAUGUCUGAUAUACAUGAUAUAGCACAAAUUGAUUUUAUAUAUAUAUUUUCACCAAUGAAAACAAAAUAUGAAGAAUUAACAAAACAAUAUAAAAAAAUACAAGGUAUUUAUGAUAAUAUUGAUAUUUUAUGUAAUAAAUUAAAACAUGAUGUUUCAACACGAACAAAUGAUUUAAUGAUAUCAAAUAUUACAGAUGAUGAACAUUUAAAUGAAAAUACAACAUUUUUCUCAUUUUAUUUUAUAUUAGAAACAUUUCUUAAUAUGACAUUUCAUCCUAAUAUUCGAAAAUCAUUAGUUGAAUAUUGUCAAUUACAAUAUAUAGAAAAUGAAAAUGAAUUAAAAAUUAUUAAUGAAUUUAAUAAAAAUUAUCAAUCAAAUAAAUGUAUUUGGUGGUAUACAAGAAAUUGUUUUUUAUAUCGUAUAUUAAAUAAAUCAUUUCGUAUAAUGGAUUUAAAUAUUAUUUUUAAAUUAAGAUUUUUUAUUAUUGAUAUGUAUAAACAAUUAAAACAAUUACAUUAUGAACAAUAUAUAAAAAAAUCAUCAUUAUUAAAAAAUAUGAAAAUAUUAAUUGUUUAUCGUGAACAAGGUAUAACAAAAAAUGAAUUAAAAAUAUUAAAAGAAAAUAUUGGUGGUCUUUUAUCAAUAAAUUAUUUUAUGUUAACAACAUUAGAUAAACAUGUACAUAUUCAUUCAUCUCAUCAUCCAGAUACAGAAAAAAUUUUAUUUCAAAUUUAUAUUGAUAUUGAAAAAUGUACACAACCAUUUGCUAAUAUUGAACAAUUAAGUUAUUUUAAUUUAAAAUCUGAAAUACUUAUUUCAAUUGGUAGUCUAUUUCGUAUUAAAUCUAUUAAAAAAGAGAUAGAUUGGUUUGUUAAACUUGAAUUAAUUACAAGUGAAGAAGAAAAUAAAUUAAAACAAAUGUUUAUUGAUAAAAAUAAUAUUGGACAACAUUUACGUGAUAUGGAUGGACAAGAAAAACGAGAAGAAUAUACGGAAGUACUCUCUCAAAAUGUACAAACAGAUGGAAUUGAUAUAGCAGAUGAUUAUUAUAAUAAUGGUACAAGACAUUUGAAUGAAGGAGACUAUAUAAAAUCUUUAGAAAAUUUUGAAAAAGCAUUGAGUAUCUAUGAAAAAUAUCUUGAUUCAGAUGAUCAACGAAUCGCUAAAACUUACAGUAGUAUUGGAAUGACUCACGGUAUGCAAGGUGAUUUUGUUGAAAGUUUAACAAAUUAUAAACGUGCACUCAAUGUUUAUAAAACAUCGAUACAAUCACCAAAUUAUAAAGGAAUUUCAAAAACGUAUAAUAAUAUUGCUAUGGCACAUUAUGCUGAAAAUGAACAUGAUCAAGCUCUUGUUAAUUUGGAAAAAGCCGUCGAAAUUGAUCAACGUGAAUUUUCAAAAAAUGAUCCAUUUUUAAUUACAUCGUAUACAAAUAUGGCAUUAGUUUAUAGUGAAAAACAUGAAUUUAGACGAGCAAUUGACUAUUAUAAUAAAGCUUUAAUUAUUCAAUUAGAAAAUUUACCAAAAAAUCAUGCAGAUUUAGCACCAACCUAUGGUAAUAUUGGAACAAUGUAUGAUCGUUUAGGUGAUCAUACACAAGCCUUACAAUAUUAUCAAAAAGCUUUAGAAACACAAUUAAUUGCUUUACCAUUAAAUGAUCCAAAUCUUGCUGAUACAUAUAUGAAAAUUGGAAAUAUUUAUUAUGCACAACGAAAUUAUCCUAAAGCAUUAGAAAAUUUUUCAAAAGCAUCAGAUAUUUGUGCAAAAUUAUUUCCACCAGAUGCACCACAAAUUAUUGAACUUCGACGAAAUAUUACAGCAAUUCAAAAUAGUUUACAUCAUAAAUAA